AUGAAGCUUGACGUGAAUGUUUUGAGGUAUUUAUCGAAGGAUGAUUUCCGGGUUCUCACUGCGGUCGAGCUGGGAAUGCGAAAUCACGAGAUUGUUCCCGCUGAGCUCGUAACGCGCAUUGCUGAUCUAAAACAUGGUGGCACAUACAAGGUCCUGAAGAACUUGCUCAAGUAUAAGCUUUUGCAUCACGACAGCUCUAAAUAUGACGGAUUCCGACUCACCUAUCUGGGUUACGACUUUCUUGCCAUUAAAACAUUGGUCAACCGUGGUGUAUUUACCGGUGUUGGUCGUCAGAUUGGGGUUGGUAAAGAGUCAGACAUUUUUGAGGUUGCUCAAGAAGAUGGAACUAUUCUGGCAAUGAAGUUACAUAGACUAGGGAGAACCUCCUUUAGGGCUGUCAAAAAUAAGCGUGACUAUUUGAGGCAUCGCAGUAGUUUCAGUUGGUUGUAUCUCUCCCGUCUCGCUGCUCUCAAGGAAUUUGCUUUUAUGAAGGCUUUGCAAGAGCAUGACUUUCCGGUUCCAAAAGCUAUUGACUGCAAUAGGCACUGUGUUAUCAUGUCCCUUGUGCCGGGAUACCCCAUGGUUCAGGUGAAAGAAUUACAGAACCCUGAGACAAUUUUCGAGAAGAUUAUUGGCAUUGUUGUACGUUUGGCUGAGCAUGGUCUUAUUCAUUGUGACUUCAACGAAUUCAACAUCAUGAUUGAUGAUGAAGAGAAGAUUACGAUGAUUGACUUUCCACAAAUGGUAUCUGUUUCACACCAAAACGCACAGAUGUACUUUGACCGUGAUAUCGAAUGCAUCUUCAAGUUUUUCAGAAAAAGAUUUAAUAUGACUUUCCGAGAAGAUAGAGAUGAGACAGAGGUGGAAGUGGAUGAGAACAGCAGACCAUCUUUCUAUGAUAUAAGUAAAGAUGCUAAUGCUUUGGAUAGAGAUCUAGAAGCUAGUGGUUUCACAAAAAAAGAGCAGAAUCACCUCGAUAGGUUUAUUGAAGGCGGGCAGGAGAAGAGUAAAGAUUCUGAUGAGAACGAGGAAUCUGAUGAUGAAGAGCAGACUUGUGAGUCAAACGAAGAAGAAAACCUGAAUGAAAUGACGUCAUUAGAGCUGCAAGGGAAGGAACAGAACAAUUCUGAUGGUGCUGAGUUGGAUGAUACUGAGAAAGGUGAAAGCAGUGGAGAUAAAGAUGAAGAUGAAAGCGAUGAGGAGGUGAAAAACAAUGAUCCAGAUCUGGAGAAGAAACUGGAGAAACAAAGACGCAGAGCCAUGGCUGAUGCCAAGGGACGUAGAAAGUCGCAGUCUUCAAGAAACACAUACAAAGACAAAGGAAGAGGCCGUUCCCAACACUCCAAGGUCCACAACGACUGGUGA